GCUGCCCCCAUGUGGCCAGAAUAAAACACUUGUUUCAGGUGUAAUCACCAGCAGGUGUGAAGUGAACAUGCUGAUAAAAGACCCAGACACAAAGUCAGUCUGGACUUACCUUCCUUCAGUGAUCCACCCAGAUCCAGAAAUGUUUCGGAGCCUGCUCUUGACCAUCCUGUGUGGAUCUGCAGUGGCCGUCAUCAACUCGGAACUGGACCGACACUGGGAGCUGUGGAAGAAGAUGCAUAAUAAAGUCUACUCUCACCAGAUUGAGGAGCUGGGUCGCAGGCGGAUAUGGGAAGAAAACUUGGAGAUGAUUAACAUCCAUAACCUGGAAGCCUCUCUUGGCUUACACACCUAUGAGCUGGCAAUGAACCACCUGGGAGACCUGACCACUGAGGAGAUCCUAAGCAACUUGACCCGCACAGUUGUGCCUCCUAACCUGGAAAGCAUUCCUUCCAACUAUGUCAGGGUCAAUGUCUCUCUGCCACCAUCAGUGGACUGGAGGGAUCAAGGCCUGGUGACUGAGGUCAAAAUGCAGGGCUCUUGUGGCUCUUGUUGGGCCUUCAGUGCUGUUGGGGCACUGGAGGGGCAGCUCAAGAAGUCCACAGGUGUCCUGACAAGCCUAAGUCCUCAGAACCUGGUGGACUGCUCGCAAAAAUUCGGAAACCACGGGUGCAACGGCGGCUUCAUGACGAGCGCCUUCCAAUAUGUAAUUGAAAACGAAGGCAUAGAUUCUGAUGCAGCCUACCCUUACGUUGGCCAGAGUGGUAACUGCAAGUAUAACCCCAAAAAUCGGGCCGCUAGCUGCUCAAGCUACACCAUUUUACCAAAGGGGGAUGAACAUGCAUUAAAGGAAGCUUUGGCCAACAUUGGCCCCAUCGCCGUAGCAAUUGAUGCCUCCAGGCCCAAGUUUGUCUUCUAUCGUCACGGUGUUUACAGAGACCGCAAGUGCAGCCAUCAUGUGAAUCAUGGCGUGCUGGCUGUGGGCUACGGCACCGAGAAGAGACGCGACUACUGGCUGGUCAAGAACAGUUGGGGUGUAACCUAUGGAGACGAAGGCUACAUCAAGAUGGCUCGAAACAAGCGCAACCAGUGUGGCAUCGCUCUCUACGCUUCUUACCCCGUCAUGUGAUUUGUCCAAUUUUUGAAUGUACAUUUUUGAAAAUGUUUGGGUAUUUUUUAAAUAAAUGUUUCAUGCUACUUGAUGAAAGUUCUC